AUGGAGAGCACUAAAAGUGAAAAUCAUAACGCUGAAAUCAAGAUAUCAGAUGAUAAACUAUCAUCAGCAAAAGACACAAUUAAGAAAUCGUUAUCUGUGCAAGAAACAUUAAUUGGUAUCAUAGUCGUAAUAUUUUUAGCUUUAACUUUUAGUCUUAUGAGCCAAUUUGGAAAAGAUUUAUUCUCCAACAAAAGUAAUUUUACAUCUGUGACGUUUUAUACUUGGGAAGCCAUACGACUGUAUUCCAAUCACGGAUUUGUAAAAACGACUUUAUUUCGAAUCCUUCCGUUAGCGAUAUUGCUAAAUGCCGCUAUUGUAUCGAAUUUUUACGCCCUAGUAUUUAUUUUACCUUCCGAUUUUACAGCAAUAUUUUCUUCGGUAUCUGUGUUUGUUUAUAUAUUAUCUAUUUUGAUAUUGAAGGAACCUUUCGUCGCGAUUCGGGCUGUAGCCGUAUGCCUAUCUAUAACCGGUGUUAUAUUAUUUGUGUAUGCUGAUGGCUUUGGAAAUUUUGCUAUAACUGGCUUCGGGCUAGCUCUCAUUAGCGCCAUAUCAAGUGCUGUUUAUCGUAUUUUAGCGAAAUUAACUAUAGGCGAAAGGACUGUAAUUCAAGUAUCGCUACUAACUGCUACCAUUGGUGGACUAACGUUUUGCCUAACUUGGAUACCGGUUGUUAUAUUAAAUAUUAUUGGCGUUGAUGUUAAUUUAUGGUCGAAUAUUACAUGGGGACCUCUAUUAAGUACUGUUGCAUUUAAUGUGCUAUAUGAUUUUCUACUUGUACUUGGAAUUGCUGUAACAUUUCCGGAUUUGCUAUUCUCAUAA